CUUUCGCCCUUCGCCCUUGAACCUUAUUGUUCUCCAUUUCUUUUCAUUCGUUUCCAGUUCAUUUCAACAAUGGGCCAAAUCCUCUCUGCUCCUGUAACCGAGAAGCACUCAACCUGUGGGAAAAACGAGCGCUUUGCAUAUGGUGCAUCUGCUAUGCAGGGAUGGCGUACUACAAUGGAUGAUGCACAUACAACACUGCUGGCUGUCGAAAGCACUGAGGGGAUAGCAUUUUUUGCAGUUUAUGACGGUCAUGGAGGUUCUGAGGUUGCUAGGAUCUGUAGCAAGGACCUCCACAAAAAGAUUAUUUCUGAGCCUACAUUCGUUAAAGGCGAUCUUAAAAGUGCGUUCAAGGAUGGAUUCCUGACCAUGGACCAAGCUCUCCGAGAUAAUCCAGAAGCACGUAGCAAACCUUCGGGAUGCACAGCUAUUACUGCCAUGAUCAACAAUGAAAACAUUCUUUAUGUUGGAAACCUAGGCGAUUCUCGUGCAAUCCUAAGCUGUGAUGGAAAAUUCAUUUCCUUGUCACACGAACACAAGCCUGAUAACAUAGAUGAGUCUAUUAGGAUCAACAAUGCUGGAGGCUAUGUCUCUUCCGGUAGGGUCAAUGGCUCCUUGGCCCUUUCUCGAGCCUUCGGAGAUUUCGAUUACAAGUCAAAUGAGAUGCUCGACCCUGAUCAGCAAAUUGUCAUCGCAAUACCCGAUGUCAUGGAGCGCGAACUAACCGAGAAGGAUGAAUUCAUGGUCCUUGCUUGCGAUGGCAUAUGGGACUGCAUAGGUGCACAAAGAGUGGUGGACUUUGUUCGUAAUAGAGUUGUUGAGAAAGUCCCACUAGAGACAAUCUGCGAAAGACUGAUGGAUCAAUGUCUACCCAAAGAGGUCACUCCUCUUAAUUACACAGGCACAGAUAACAUGACCAUGAUCAUCGUUGCGUUCUUGAACGGACGAACCUUAGAGGAAUGGUACGAAAAUAUCAUCCAACGCGCCACUGAGCAAGCACGGGUCCAACGAGAGAAUGUAAAGUCAACUGUAGCACCUGGUGUCAACAAGCCCAAAAGGAAGUGGUUUUUCGGACGGUUUGGCCGAUGAUCUUCCCACCAUCAUUCUUCCUUAUGAGCUGAUCAAAAUAUCAGCAUAGAAUAGUUUGGAAUCAAUC